CUGCUGUUCACCAGAGGCUCGGCGAGCCGGGAGACCCUGGCGCCCCCGCUCCCGGCCCCCGCCCCCUCGCGGUCUCCGCCUCCUUUUCCUCACACACCCCCCGGGCUGCCCGGGCCCCAGGCCUUCCCCGCGCUCCUCCUCCUCCGUCUCUUCACACUCUCUCCGACCUGGGUCCUUUUGCUGCCCGUCGGCCUGGCAGCCUCUGGGGCGAGUCCUCCUCGGGCUCCCUUUCACACGCACGCACGCGCCCUCGCUCGCAGGGCGGCCCCCUCUUCAGCCUUCCUCCUGACCGUCCUUUAAGGCCGCCGUCGGGGGAAGGAUUGAUGUCCCUUCAGCAUCAUGCAGCCGCCGCCGAGGAAGGUGAAAGUUACACAAGAGUUGAAAAACAUUCAAGUUGAACAGAUGACAAGACUUCAAGCCAAACAUCAAGCAGAAUGUGAUUUGCUUGAAGAUAUGAGGACAUUCAGUCAGAAGAAGGCUGCAAUUGAAAGAGAAUACGCACAGGGCAUCCAGAAGUUGGCUAGUCAGUACCUGAAGAGAGAUUGGCCUGGAAUAAAAGCUGAUGAUCGGAAUAAUUACAGGAGUAUGUAUCCUGUUUGGAAAUCUUUUCUCGAGGGAACAAUGCAGGUAGCCCAGUCUCGGAUCAAUAUAUGUGAAAACUACAAAAACUUCAUUUCUGAGCCUGCAAGGACAGUGAGAAGCAUAAAAGAACAACAACUAAAAAGGUGUGUGGACCAGUUGACAAAGAUCCAAACUGAAUUACAAGAAACAGUGAAAGAUUUAGCUAAAGGCAAAAAGAAGUACUUUGAGACUGAACAGAUGGCUCAUGCAAUACGAGAGAAAGCUGACAUCGAGGCAAAGUCUAAACUUAGUCUUUUUCAAUCAAGAAUCAGUUUACAGAAGGCAAGUGUAAAGUUGAAAGCCCGACGAUCUGAGUGCAAUUCCAAAGCUACUCAUGCAAGGAAUGACUACCUUCUCACACUAGCAGCAGCAAAUGCACAUCAGGAUCGCUACUAUCAAACUGAUUUACUUAACAUUAUGAAGGCUCUUGAUGGAAAUGUAUAUGAUCACCUCAAAGAUUAUUUAAUAGUUUUCAGUAGGACUGAGCUGGAAACAUGCCAAGCUGUGCAAAACACAUUUCAAUUUUUAUUAGAAAACUCAAGCAAGGUGGUACGGGACUAUAACCUUCAGCUGUUUUUACAAGAGAAUGCUGUAUUUCACAAACCUCAGCCUUUCCAGUUCCAGCCUUGUGAAAGUGAUACUAGUUUAAAAGCUGCCCAACUGGUGGAUAUUGAACUGUCCCCUGUCAGUGCUCUGAGAAUGACCAUAGCUGAGAGUCGACAACUGGAAUCAGAAACUGGGACUACAGAGGAACACAGUCUAAAUAAGGAGGCUCGGAAAUGGGCCACACGGGUGGCACGUGAGCACAAAAACAUUGUUCAUCAACAGCGGGUUCUGAAUGAUCUGGAAUGUCAUGGAGUUGCCAUAUCAGAACAAAACCGGGUAGACCUGGAACAGAAAAUAGAUGAAGCCAGAGAAAAUAUCCGUAAAGCAGAGAUAAUUAAGUUGAAAGCUGAAGCCCGGCUGGACCUGUUAAAGCAGAUUGGUGUGUCUGUGGACACAUGGCUAAAGAGUGCCAUGAACCAAGUAAUGGAAGAACUAGAAAAUGAGCGAUGGGCUCGUCCUCCUGCAGCAACCAGCAAUGGCACUCUACACUCGCUUAAUGCAGACAUGGAAAGAGAAGAAGGAGAAGAGUUUGAAGACAAUAUGGAUGUUUUUGAUGACAGCAGUUCAAGCCCUUCUGGCACCUUAAGAAAUUAUCCACUCACCUGCAAAGUUGUUUACUCCUACAAGGCUUCUCAACCAGAUGAGUUGACCAUUGAGGAACAUGAGGUGUUAGAAGUGAUUGAAGAUGGAGAUAUGGAAGACUGGGUAAAGGCUCGAAAUAAAGUUGGCCAAGUGGGUUAUGUGCCAGAAAAGUACCUCCAGUUUCCCACCUCGAACAGCCUACUGAGCAUGCUGCAGUCCUUGGCUGCUCUGGAUAGUCGGUCACACACGUCCAGCAAUUCCACAGAAGCAGAGCUCGUUUCAGGCAGCCUCAACGGAGAUGCCAGUGUCUGUUUUGUGAAAGCACUUUAUGACUAUGAGGGACAGACAGAUGAUGAGUUGUCUUUUCCUGAGGGAGCAAUCAUCCGUAUCUUGAACAAAGAAAACCAAGAUGAUGAUGGCUUCUGGGAAGGGGAGUUCAACGGGCGGAUUGGAGUUUUCCCAUCGGUGCUAGUAGAAGAACUUUCAGCCUCAGAGAAUGGUGACACUCCAUGGAUGAAAGAAAUUCAGAUCUCGCCUUCCCCCAAGCCAAAUGCCGCCCUGCCUCCGCUGCCCUUGUAUGACCAGCCUCCCAGCAGCCCUUACCCCAGCCCAGAUAAGAGGAGCUCACAAUUCUUCCCCCGAUCUCCGUCAGCAAAUGAAAACAGCCUUCAUGUUGAAUCACCAGGAUUCUCACAAGCAUCAAGGCAUACUCCUGAGACCUCGUAUGGAAAACUGCGUCCUGUCCGGGCAGCUCCCCCUCCUCCCACACAGAACCACAGGAGGCCAGCUGAAAAGAUGGAGGAUGUGGAGAUCACGCUGGUGUGACCAUGGCUUUACCCUCUGUUACUGCUACAAUCAAGGCCAGGCUUGGAGUUCGGCCCAUCUUGUUUUUUUAGGCACCUUUGCAUGAUGAUGACUCUUGAACAGAGCAAAACCAAGGAGGAUUCUUGACUGGUGGCCUGAUGGACUCCUCCCAUGUUUUGAAUAUUUUGUGCCUUUUUUAGUUGUCAUUUUCUAUAUCAUCUCUCCUACCAUAGCACAAAUCUUAGAGGUCCUAGAAGAAGAGUGGAGAGCAGCCCUCAUGCCUAACAGUGGCCCAUUUUUAUAUGAGACUGGCCUCAUGCCAGGGCACAGUCGCAGAAUUACUGAUCAUGUGCAUUCGUACAGUAUAUUACUGUGGCCACAAGGAUGUGGCAAAGAUCUCAUCUUUCUUCAAGUGGCUUUUGCUCAUCUGAUUAAGUAUUAAUCAGGUUAUGUUGGCUACAUAAGGAAACAGAAGGAGGGAUUCAGGAGAGGCUGGCUCCUCCCCAAGGUUCAUCCCCCAGACUGAAAGUGAAACUUGACUGGGAAGAAAGGGACUGAUUGCCCUGAGUUUAGCGCCAACUGCAUUAACGCACACCUCCUCCACAACUAACAGGUUUUAAAUGGUAACCGUGUCCUUUGUGUUAAUAUUUAUGCCAUUCAUUUAGUAUUAGGGGGCUAACCUGGAGGGGCUGAACUAGUAGCCACGUCUUGCCCAUUACAUAAAUAAUAGAAAGAAAGGAGGCCAUGGCUGAAGCUGAAAUGGAGCUUCCAGAUCUGAAAUGAGGUGAUUUAAUGUUCUUUUUGUCUUUGGGGUAUUUUUCAUCAUAGUUUUUACAGCACAUACUUUUCUGACCAGUAUCUUUAGAAUCUGAAUGUGUGGAUACAUUGAGGACACAUGCCUGCAUUGCUGAGCUUCUCUACUGAGGAGGCAUUAUUUUAUUCACAAGCUAAUGUUCUGGCCUACACAGCCAGAUUGUGGUUGGUGCAGACCAACUGUCACCCAUGGAAAAUUCAGCUUCAGCUCCCACUGUCCUGACAUUCCCUUGGGAGGAAGAGCCUAUGGGCCCAUGAAGGAAACUAGCUUCCUGUGAGAAAGGACCAAGUACUGCACACCUGCACAAGAGGAGUGGAUGAGAAAAGUUGAAUGCCGGGACAAGUGUUCUUGGUGGCCUACAGCAGCAAGGCCCAGAAUGAGCUCUGGCACUCCAUACCACGGAAAGUAAGGAGCACAUUACCUGAGGACUAAGGGAUAUUUGCCAGCUCCUGUUUAUUUUUGUCAAGAAAUCAAACAGAACUUAAUCCAAACCUUGUAUUAUGCUUUUGAAAAUUCCAUCCCUUCUAGGAAUCUUGAAAAACUUGAAGUGCUCGCCAAAUGUCCCCAUGGGAUCUUUGACCAAAAGUUAGGUCAGAACCCAAGAAAUUUUCAGUUAGUCACUUGAUCCCUCAGUGACAACACUUCUGGCAAUUUUUCUCCAUGAUUUUGUUUUUGUUUUUUGCAUUUCUUAAUCUGUUGAUCUAUUUGAGGUCUUUUUGUGUUUAUCAAACUUAUUCUUAAGUUUAAAAAAUUAAAAGGGUGGCUUUUAUAAGACAAAAAUUUUCCUAUGUUCCAUAUCUUCAAAGUACUUAUGAAUAGUAGAGCAGUUCUUGCCACCCAGAUCUUGUAUUCUCUCUUUAGCUAGCCAAAUUUGUCCUUGAAUUUGGGUUUUUCACAACCUCAGAGAAUUAUUUCAAAUCUUUUGUUAUAUUUUAAAGUAUUUUUUGGAAGAGCUGCUAAUUUUAUUUUAAAAAACAAAGUUGUAAAAAUAUGCCUCCUUUUUAAAAAAUAACCCCUCCCUCCAGGCCAUGUAACCCAGAGUCACCAUGCACAGGUCAGGCUCACAGAGAGCCUAUGUGCAGAUGUGCUUUCUUUACAGUGGCUGUAAAAAGUUUGUAUUUAUUAUGUACAAAAUGUUGAAUAAUAAAAAAACAGAAUUAA